CCCUUCCUGUCCAGAGCCCGGAAGCGUCUUUGAACCUCGCCUUUCAACCUUCCGGCCUCGUAACUGGCUUAAACCCGUUUUGCCCCGGAGUCUUUUCGAAAGGGGAGACUACGUCAGCACGUCUCGGCAUGGGACGGUGAUUUUCCGGCGUCUUAGAAGAGCUUCCGGCGGGGUCUGGAUGUCGCUGUCCUGCAUCUGACGUGGUGUUGCGCUCGAAGCUGAGCGAGCUCCGGAGGGGUGCGGAAGAACUCCAGUGUUUGCUGCGAUAACCUCAUAAGCCCGCCAAGAUGGCGAUGCAAGCGGCCAAGAGGGCUAACAUUCGACUUCCACCUGAAGUAAAUCGGAUUUUAUAUAUAAGAAAUUUGCCCUACAAAAUCACAGCUGAAGAAAUGUAUGAUAUAUUUGGGAAAUACGGACCUAUUCGUCAAAUCAGAGUGGGGAACACACCGGAAACUAGAGGAACAGCUUACGUAGUCUAUGAAGACAUCUUCGAUGCCAAGAAUGCGUGUGAUCACCUGUCAGGAUUCAAUGUUUGUAACAGAUACCUCGUGGUUUUGUACUAUAAUGCCAACAGGGCAUUUCAGAAGAUGGACACAAAGAAGAAGGAAGAACAGUUGAAACUUCUCAAGGAGAAAUAUGGCAUCAACACAGAUCCACCAAAGUAAACGUUUUCUUUCUACAUUUUUAUUUUGGACUAAAAUCCACAAAUGACCACUAACACCCUUUUUUUGUUUUUAAUUAAUACUGAAUAUUGUGAUUUCUUACUUUAGAUUCAAAAUGACUUGCUUGAAACUUUGGUAUAUGUUAGGAUAUAUUAUGUUAAUAAACUUGUAGCUUUUUGUAAAACAUGUCAGUGUUUUCUCUUGAAAUUUCCCCUCCUAUAUUAUAGGAGAAAAAAAUAAUAAAACAGCAGUUGAACCAUAUCAAGAAUUGUUGGUUGGAAGGUGGUCCUAGAGGCUGAGCUUCUUAAGGAUGGGGGGAACCUUUUGAUAUUCUUAGUGUCUCCAGUGUCCAGUCCAGUGCUUAGCCAUCAGAGGAACUUGUUAGAAUAUUAUUAUUUAUAAAUGUCUAUUAAUAAUAAAAUCUCUGUAACAACUCAGUAAAGGUAAGUAUCUCCAUUUUGCAGACAAGGAAACCAAAGUUUAUCAUGUUGGAUAAAUGAAUAAAAUGCUUACAUAAAAGUUGCUUUUCAACAUCAACUUGUUAUUAGCCACGUGAGUACAUUUGAAUAGUACUUGCUUUACAGUUAACAAAGCACGUUUGUCAGUAUGGGUACCCUUGUCGUUAGAGGUGUAUUCUAGAAAUGGUCAUUCAGAUGAUACCACUGUUAGAAAUGUGACAGCUAGCUGCUUGGGGCGUGGUAUUGGUUGCUGCAUGUCUAAGAUGUAUUUAUGUAGUCUUUCCCUUUAAUUAAUAAAUGUCUGUGUAUAUUUUGGA